AUGUCCACAAAGCCACCGCUGCAGCCUAAGGGGAUCGAUCGGGAAUCCGAGAGGGAACUGGCUCAGAGGAAGCUUGAAGCCCGUCCAGAGGAGGUGUCAAGCACUUCAAGCGUCCGUAGCGUGCUUGAGAGUAGCCCACCACAGCCAGGCGCCGAAGUCGACGUCAUGGAGGGCUUGAGGGGCGAUUUGAACACGAUCAAGGAGACCUUCGCCUUAGCUACAGUUCCUCGGGAGGCAUACGGACUCGGCCUCGCAGGCACACUACCUUAUCUCGCAACCUCUCUCUCCACCGUCUUCCUCUCGUGGAAUCUCAACACCCAAUGGCCCACACAGUCAGCCUUUCUCAACAGCAUUCUCUUUAGCCACGAAUCCGCUACACAUUGGCUGCAGAUUCUCGAGCCUAUCCAAGUCGGAUAUGGCGCCAUCAUUAUCUCGUUCCUCGGCGCCAUACACUGGGGACUGGAGUUCGCCGAGAAGCAGGCCUCUCAUGACCGUACACGGCUCCGAUACGGCGUCGGCGUCUUUGCGCCCGCCGUGGCGUGGCCCACAAUCUUCCUCCCCACCGAGUGGGCGCUGACGACGCAGUUCGCCGCCUUUUGUGCCCUGUACUACGCCGACUCCCGCGCGACCGUCAAGGGCUGGGCACCACCGUGGUACGGUACCUACCGCUUCGUCCUGACGGCAGUCGUGGGUGUGGCCCUGCUGAUCAGCCUAGUUGGCCGGGCCAAGGUGGGUGAGGGGCACACUCGUCUGACGACGGCCGACCUGAAGGAGCGGCUGAAGGGGAAGCCCGACCAGGCCAAUAAGUACCGCAACUGGGCCAAGGAAGAGCAAGCGGAGAAAGAAAGGAUCAAGGAAGAAAAGAAGCGGGAAGAAGAGAAGCGGAAGGAGGUGGAGAAGAAGGCCAAGGAGGAGGAGAAGAAGAAUCAGGCUAAAGGUAAGGGGGAAACAGGGGAAUCGAAUGAGGAAAAGAGAAGUCAAGAGAAGAAGGGUGAUGAGAAGAAGGGUGAUGAGAAGAAGGGUGAUGAGAAGAAGGGUGAUGAGAAGAAGGGUGAUGAGAAGAAGGAGGACAAAAGCGAGGGCCAAAAGGAAGACCGGGAGAGGAAGGAAGGCGGUGCUCGGUCCCCAAACAAUGAGGGCUCUGGAGCUAAGGAGAACGAAAGGAGUUAG